CAUGCGUAUCCCGGCCGGCGGCCAGGUGGCGGCGCGCGCACGCGCUGUUCUCGCGAGAGCGACGCUGCAGCCAGUGACUGACUGACUGAGAGGAGAGAGAGGGAGAGAGGGCCGCGGGACGGCCUCAGCCCCACACGGCCGCCAUGAGUAUCCUACAGAAGAUCGCCGAGAUCGAGGCCGAGAUGGCUCGAACGCAGAAAAACAAGGCGACUGCUCACCACUUAGGGCUUCUGAAAGCCCGUCUCGCUAAACUCCGCCGAGAACUUAUCACUCCUAAAGGCGGGAGUGGAGGUGGCCCAGGAGAAGGGUUUGAUGUUGCCAAAACUGGUGACGCUCGGAUUGGGUUUGUGGGGUUUCCUUCUGUUGGGAAAUCAACUUUGCUGAGUAACCUGGCUGGAGUGUACUCGGAGGUUGCUGCAUACGAGUUCACCACUCUGACAACAGUACCAGGUGUCAUUCGUUACAAAGGAGCAAAAAUACAGUUGCUGGAUCUUCCAGGUAUCAUUGAGGGAGCCAAGGAUGGCAAGGGUAGAGGGCGACAAGUUAUUGCUGUGGCUCGAACCUGUAACCUGAUCCUUAUUGUGUUGGAUGUGCUAAAACCAUUGGGCCACAAGAAAAUCAUUGAAAAUGAGCUGGAAGGGUUCGGGAUCCGACUCAACAAGCAACCACCAAACAUCGGGUUCAGGAAAAAAGACAAAGGAGGCAUGAAUCUGACGAGCACAUGUGUGCAAACCGAGUUGGACUUGGAAACUGUGAAGAGUAUCCUUUCUGAAUACAAAAUCCACAAUGCUGAUGUCACAUUGCGCAGUGAUUCAACGGCAGAUGACUUGAUUGAUGUUGUUGAGGGAAAUAGAGUGUACAUUCCCUGCAUCUAUGUAUUAAACAAAAUUGACCAGAUCUCGCUUGAGGAGCUUGACAUCAUUUACAAAAUCCCACACUGUGUGCCAAUCUCUGCACAUCACCGCUGGAACUUUGAUGAUCUCUUGGAGAAACUCUGGGAUUACCUGAAACUUGUCCGCAUUUAUACCAAACCCAAAGGACAGUUGCCUGACUACACAUCACCAGUUGUGUUGCCUGACUGUAAAACUGCAGUGGAAGACUUCUGCUUGAAAAUCCAUAAGAACUUAAUUAAAGAGUUUAAAUAUGCUUUGGUGUGGGGCGCCUCGGUGAAAUACAACCCGCAGAAAGUUGGCAAGGACCAUGUGAUGGAAGAUGAAGACGUCAUACAGAUAGUCAAGAAGUAGACUCAGACACUCGCCCUGAUCAAAGCUCGGGCUCAUUUCCCUGUUGGGGAUGUGUGUCAGUUCGUUACAAGCAACAUCUGUACCUUGGGAAAGAGAGCAAGAUGGAGAGCAAGUGCUAAAAACCUUUCAUUCUGACCAGACCAUAAUCAAUGCUUUCCCUUAAAUACACACCAGACAUUACAUUCUGAACAUUUCAGGAGUGGAGCUAUCAGCAAGUUGCCUUUAACCUUCAGUGGUUACCUAUUUCACCCAAAUAAAAUGUGCAAGUGUAAAACACA